AUGAAGGAGUCCAAGUAUAGAGGUGUGUCCAAAGUGUCGAUGCGGGGCGUCAAGAAGCCAUUCGUGGCCAAACUCUGGCAGGGGUCCAAGUACCUCCAGCUAGGCACCUAUGGAAGCGAGAUCGAGGCGGCUCAUGCGUACGACAAGGCAGCACUCAUGCACUACGGCAAGAGCGCGCAACUGAAUUUCCCGCAUCUGCACGACAGCUUCAGCCAUCCAGAAGAGUCGUUUAGCGGUCGUCCGCACGUUUCAAAUCCUGCAACAGAACAUCGUGCUGCGUUGCCAGAUGCUCGUCCUUCACCCGCAGAGCACCGCGUUUCUCCUGGACGUGGACGAGGCAGAGGUCGUGGACGCGGGCGAGGUCGCGGACGUGGCAAGCAUUUACUAGCCUCGCCCGAUGUUCAUCGAAAAGCCAAGCGUCAGAAGGCAGAAUCCGGCGAGCCAGUAAUUGGUUCAUUUGAUGAUAAGCGAUUGGGCAAGAAGUAUCUGGGAGUCCAGGUACAUCGUGUGUAUGCACACGCGCAAAUUCUCGUCAAUGGAAAGGUGAUCAAUUUGGGCACAUUUCCCACAGCAGAAGAUGCAGCAAUGGCAUACGACAGGGCAGCGUUGCAGUACUUUGGAGGUCCAAACGGCUCCAGUGAUGCUCGUUCUGGCGAGAUUGUUCUUAAUUUCCCAGAUAAACGUGAUGAGCUGCUGAAGCAGCUAUUCGAGGUGGAGCAACAAAAGGUGGCGAACCAGGCUGGGAGACCGAGCCAUGCUAGCCGCGGCGUCCAGAAUGCGAAACACAAUUUGUCGAUUACAAAGCUGAACACGUGGAUGUCAAAGUUACAGCGAUCAGUAAAAAUGGUAGAGGCUUCGCAGCGAGUUCAGUGGGGUUUGCAUUCGACGCUCGAAGAAAGCGAAGAGGAAGACACGAAACAGGGAGAUGAUGUCACUUGCGUUCCGUCAUAUGUAAAAACCGAGAUAUUUGGCUCCGGGCCUACGAUCAAGAAGGAGUUCACGACUCGCGAUCAGAAAUCGAGACAGAGCAAUAAGCAGAUUCAGGAUGCGGUCUCGUUGAUGACCGAAGAGUUAAGCCUUUACGCAGCCGACGUACCUGAAGACCCCCUCUUCCAGCCACCACCUUCCUGUGCCCCCAUCCUGGAUUUGCUGUCGAGUUCUCGGCAUUUGAAAUUGAUCAGCGCUAUCAAUGAUCUUGCGCAUCUGAAGGUCAAAGUUGACGGAACUGAUGCGAACUCGAUAUACAAUGGACGCUUCGAGAGCAAACUGCAAACUGUCGUUGACUACCGCGCCCGACUUCAAAUGUCAAGCAGAAACGAGAAGCAGAAACUGGCCCGCUUUGUGCACGAUAUUGAGACUGAAGUUGCGUGUACUUUAAACAGCACUUGUCCCGCUCCCAGUAACAGUGUCUCCCCCACGGCAAAGCUAAGACUCGAGACGCUGAAGGGAUCUGGUUUUUUGUCACAUGCGCGAUAUGUGAAGCGGAAAGUGCAAAUGUUGGAACCCGUCGGGUUGAGCCAACAAACACAUGGGAAUGGGGUAAACCCAUCUGAGCUUGUAGUGCGGCCUGACGAAGAGAUGAAGAACGAUGUAGUCGGCGAUGUAGACAAGGCAGAGGAAGUCGUGAUGGUUGUUAGCGUGAAACCGGAAGCGACAGCUGAUGAGAAACCAGAAAACGAAACAAUUGAUCGGCCAGUCACGUUGGUAGUGGCAGAAGCGGAAGGAACCGAACAUGCCAUUGGGUGUGAAGCAAGCCGCCAGAGUGCGAAUGAAGACAUGAGCAAAGUUGCUGACAAGUCACGCACAUGUGCUGAUGCUAAGCCGCAAGAUGCAGACAUUGACGGAUCUGCGAGCAAGGAGACGAACGAGGUUGCGCGAUCUUUGAUAACAGCAGCGGAGGAAAGAGCGAUAGAAAAGGAGGACCAUCAAGAGAAUGAGCUGGAAGCCGAAGAAAGAAAGAAUGAGACGGAAAAGGUAGCGGAAACCGAUAUUGAAGCUAAGUCACCGGAAGAUGAGUCAAAAGCAACUAAAAUGGAUGAAGGGGACGAUGCAGAGCAGCCUGAGCUUCUCGAAGGACGCAAUGUAGAUGGCAGCAAGGGCAGCGACCGUCAGGAAGUUCCAUCAUCUGACAGUCGCGCGACUAGCAUAAAGCAUGAAGAUAAUCGUACGAAGCCGAAAGAUGACGUGGCUACGAAAGGUGGCAGUUGUUCUUCGCCGUCGGCUGUUGUAAGCAUAUCUGAAGUUGAUAGUACGAAGCCGAGUGAUGACGCGGCUACGAAAGGUGGCAGUUGUUCUUCGCCAUCAGCUGUAGUAAGCAUACCUGAAGACACAUAUGAGUGGGAAUUCUGUUUGGCCGUUCGCACAGCGGCCGAAGACGUGUGGCGACUGCUUCCGCUAUCAGGGAAGACGCCAGCGCCAGAUACGUUUGUUGAUGAUGUUUAUUUGACGGAGAGGGAAGUUGCUGAAAUGGAAGUCUCCGAAGACGAAGUAUGCUCGUCUUCUGUUGCGCCGGAUGGAAAAACUGCAUGGAUGGAGCAUCUGCGCCAACUUCACAUCGGUGAAGGUCAAGUCCGACAACGUAUUCAGCGUGGAGUUGACUACCAGCACGCAUUACAGGGGAUGAUGAGAAUCAAGCAGGACCAGCUGGAUGAGAUGUCAGUCGUGUACCGUGAAGCUAUGAGCGGACUCGACUUGAAGGCUUCGUUGGUGCUAGAGAACCACGCGCGCGUGAGUCAGGAUGCCAGGCUUGUAAAAUUGAUGCAGCACUCGUUCGACCCGAUUCUAGGCGACCUGCUGGAUGAGUGCGAAGAGGCUUUACUGAAUUGUUUCCAUAAGUUGUCUCUUCGGUUUGAGGACUUUGCUCAAGAGUUCGAGUACUAUCGAAACGCACUCAUCAGUUUGACACAGUUGUCAGGAAAGGAGCUUGGUAUUGAAGAUGGCCGUACUUGCUCGGUUGACACUGCAGAUAUUGGCAUUGAUGCCAACAGCGUAGUCAUAAAGCGUGAAAAUAUUGCUCAAGUCGUCGGGUAUCCCACUGAUACAAUAUCGACUGCAUCCGAAGGGUUGGAGCUGGAAAGCGAUACCGAAAUGAUUGCGACCGGCGGCGAUGAUUGCCAUGACUUCGAUGGCAGUUUAGGUUUACGGCAAGCCUACGUCAACUUUUACACAGGUGAAAUGGAAGCGCUUUGGAAAGAACGGAGCUCAUCACUGGAAAUGGUACAAGCCAUCCAGCGCUCCUUACUGAAUCAUACAACUGAAGUUGAUCAGCCUCCUGGGAAAGCCACUUUGUCAGUAACGAUGGCAACACCGCCCGGGGCUGCGACUGCGAAGCCCAUAGAGUCAGAGCAGAAGGUAGAAAAUAUGGAUAUAGAGGAAGUGGCGACGGAGUCAAAAAUUGCGAAUGCAGUAAAAACAGAAACGGAGACUGUAACAGUACCUGUUGUUGCAGAAAAAGGGGCAACAGAAAUCGGCAAUGAGAUUACAAGCAGGUCGACCGAAAACAUCGUGCUGUCAGCCAACACUCCGAUUGUUGACACGACGCUAUGCCUGACAAGCGAAGAAGCUGGGAUAUCGGAGAUGGCGUCAUUCCUCGCGAGCAAUGAAAAUAGUGUAGAUACGAAGCCACAGAAAGCUCCUGGGCGAUUUCGACGGGAACUGGAGCUACGCAGAGCAAUUGAAUCAUGUUUGGCUCAGUGGCAGCGCAUCCAGUGGCCAGAGGAGCUUAACUGUACAUUACUGGCUCAUGCAAGUACGUAUUUGUCCAAGACGUGUCUGAAACGAGAGGGCGAGCAAAUGACAGUACAGCCUUCGUCCGAGAUGGGUGAAGAGGAUGCAGAACAUGACUCCCCGUAUGGCGUCAUGGAGGAGUUGAAACGUGUGAUGACCCGUUUGACGCAGGACCAUGCGAGUCCAGUACCAGCACCGCUAGGACCGACAACGUCGGUGAUGUAUCACCCUGUGUUUAUCGAUCACCAGACACCGAAGAACCACCCGGAGUGCCCGGAGCGCAUCGAUCGAGUGGUGACUAUGCUAAAUUCGCUAGUAAAGAAGCACCAAGAGACGCUCAAACUUGACCGUCUCUCGAUGUCACCAGAGGAGCUCUGUCCUCCCGAGACGACACUGCUGAUGGUACACUCGCCGACGUAUUUGCGGCAACUGAAGGAAAAAUCGAUUGAGGCUGGAUCACAACUCGUUUCGUCUCCUACGGCAUCUUCGCCUUCACAAAGGGCUCUUGUGUUCGAGUCCGACUCGGGCAUCCGCGAAGAAACACCAAAGCAUGGGGGAAAAGGCAAGAACAGACGACCGCUGCUGGUUGGAGCCUUUGGCGCUGCCAGUCUCGAGCAAAAUGGCGUGGAGUUGGACACGUUCGUGAGCAGCAAAUCAUGGGAUGUUGCCCGCGCGGCUGCAGGUACUGUGUGCCUGGCUGUGGACCGGGUCGUGCGCAAAGAGUAUCGCAACGCUGUGUGUCUGGUGCGUCCUCCGGGACACCAUGUCGGUCGCCAUGGCCGGACAGAGAAUGCCCCAUCAUCGGGCUUUUGCUUACUGAACAACGUGGUGAUCGGCGCUACCCACGCGCGUUUGUACCCAUGGAUCAGCAAAGUUGCAGUGCUCGAUUGGGACAUCCACCACGGAAAUGGGACGGAGGAGCUGCUGAAGGACGACCCGGACGCAUUCUUCGCGUCCAUCCAUUUGUACUCGUCCGGAAAAUACUUUCCGGGAACGGGGAAGUCAUGUGAGACGGGCAAUCUUGUGAAUGUGGCGCUCGAAAACACGGGCGCCGGGAGCGGGUCGCAAGCCUUCCGGUCCGCCGUUGAGUCGAAAGUACUGCCAGCAAUCAGAGCGUUCCAGCCGAAUAUCAUAUUUAUCUCGGCAGGCUUCGAUGGUCAUCGCGACGAUAUCCUGGGCGGUGUGGCCGCUGUCCACAACCCCAACGUGCCUGCCGGAUAUAUCGAGGAGGACUACGCAUGGGCCACGUCGGAGGUUCUCAAGCUGGCUGCCGAGGUGUGCGAUGGCCGAGUAGUUUCAGUGCUGGAGGGGGCCCGGCGAAAGGCGGGCGACAACGUUGCAGCUGAUGUGGUGAUGAAGAAAGAGGGCGGAAGUGACGAUGACACUGUUCAUGCGAGUGCAGUUCCCGCAUCGACUUGUGGCUCCUCCAUGAAGACGGAAGCCGAGCCGCUGGUGGUGAAGAAGGAGCGCAUUGGUCUGCUGGAGAAGUUGUUGUCGACAGAUUUGACAGCGGACGACGUGAUCAUUGUCAACUACGAGGAGAACGAAGAAGAGGAGGGCGGGGCAGCUCGCGAGGCGCAAGACGACGGCAACAGCGAUCCCGAAGACGAUGUAGUGGAGGAAGACGACGAGAGCGACGCAGCGAUGGAAGAUGUUGAACCGGAGAGCGAGGAGCUCCAGGAUUACGACCGUGUCGAAAAACGACCGGACACGACUUCUUCGGCGAUGGAGGUAGACGACAGCUGA